AUGUCGUUCCCGAAGCUGUCGUACUCGAGGUUACGGAUUUAUUCAAUUCCCUAUAUUACCGAGUUUUUCUACGCUGGCUCAGCCGUUAUCCUUGCCAUUCUUAUCAUCGUAAAUAUCGCGCUCGUCGGAAAUGACGUGGUCACUGAGUUCAAGAAUACCCCAGACUUUAUCGAGACCAAGUGGUGGGCUCCCAAGUGGCUACCUGGCGGAAUGACAAUACCCACUACUCCAGGCCCGUGUCAGCCUCUCUCAUUGCCGCAACAGUCGACGUCGAUUCGAACAAAUUCGACGUUGGCAAUAUUUUCCUAUGCCCUUGUGAAUGGUGUAGGUUCAUUUAUAGGCCAGAAUGGAAUGGAAGAAUCCAGGUGGUACGGUGCACCGCACUACCAUGCGGAGCCGUUGACGAAUUGCACCGUUCAAAACAUAACAGCACUGUUCGAUUUCCAGAAUCGCGGACAUAAGUUAAUGUCACAGAUAACAUGCGAUAUUGACAGCGCCGAUCCUAAGACGCCUCCAAGCAUUAAACUUUCGACUACCUUCUCACGGGUAGCCAAUACUGACCUAGGCACCGACGAUAUAAUGACUUACAUAUACUCAUAUGAUGUCCCUCGGUUUGCCGAUAUCAGCAAAGCUCGGGCGACGCUUUUACCUCAAGAUAUCCCAACACUUACAGUGCUUGGUCUACUGGAUGCAAUUGGGAGCGAUCUGCUCAAGGCAAUAGAUGCCCUCUAUCUCGAUUUAGGGCAUUUUGAUGAAAGUGCGAAUGUGUUCCUCAACUACAAUGCGUUUCAGUCCCGCAUUAUUUCCGAUAAUUUUCUAGAAACGGUAGCAGGGGACGUAAUCAACAUAGCACGCCCGCCCCUUAACACUAGACCCUAUUCGUCUGACGAGUUCUGGAGGACUUGUACUUCGGGCUGGGGCUGUCUUAACGGGACUUGGACAAACGCGCUUUUAAAUCACAGCCCAGACGCUUCGAAUAUCACGAACGCAUUACCUCUCUCUUCGCUUCAGAGCCAGUACCCUACUAUCAUCGAUCAGAAAUUUAUGUGUCCAGUUUUUAAGACAAAACAAACCGGAGCUUUACUUGUUUCUGUUUUCGUAGUUGGUUGUCAAGCUACAUCUUUGAUAAAGAGGCGCGGUAUGAGAGAGAUUCUGUAUGAAAGCGAAGACUCAGGGACCCCCUACCACCAACACUCGCGUUAUUUAUCAACUGGGUCGCCUUCUCCUUAUGCUACUUCGUUCGAUGCAUCCCAUAUACCCUAUAGUAGUGCACGAGUAUCCCAACCAUCCAACAAUGGAAUCCAGUGCCGGAUUACCUUUUUACUUCAAAUCUACGCGAUUCCAUAUAUUACUGAGAUUUUUUAUGCUGGUUCAGCUGUUGUACUUGCAAUUCUCAUCACUGUUAACGUUGCCCUUGUUGGGAAUGACGUCGUGACCGAACUCAAGGACACCCCAGACUUCACCGAUAACAAGUGGUGGGCUCCUAGAUGGCUACCCAACAGCAUAACAAUACCUACUACUCCAGGCCCAUGUCAGCCUCUCACGUUGCCACAACAGUCAACGUCGAUUCGAACAAAUUCGACACUGCCCAUAUUCGCGUAUACGCUGAUGAAUGGUCUGGGGGUAUCCCGGAAUGCAAAUGGGGAUGAAGAACCCAAGUGGUACGAUGCGCCUCGCUAUCGUGCAGAGCCGCUAAGAAACUGUACCAUUCAAAAUAUGACUGCCCUCAUCAAUUUUCAAGACCGUGGACAUAAGCUAACUUCACAAAUAGUGUGCAGCAUUGAUAGUACCGACCCCGAGACACCCCCAAGUCUAAAGCUGUCGACCACCUUUUCGCGAAUGGCAAACACUGAUUUAGGAUCAGAUGAUGUUGUGAACUACAUAUCAUCGUAUUCCGUACCUCAGACGGCCGACAUAGGCAAAGCCCGGACGGUUCUUUUGGCCCGAAACGUUACAGCGCUUAAGAUGCUUGGAGUACUAGACGCUAUAGGGAGCGAUCUGCUCAAGGCAAUGUGGGCUCAGAAGUGGUCAUGGAAGCUGACCGGACGAGACAACCAGUGGCCAGAUCAAGCAGUCGUCAAAUGGGCAGACAAAACAAACUGUACCAGUGAAAGAAAGUGUAGGUCAAUUGGAGUAGGAAUCGAAGGUAUCGAUACAUGGUACUCAAACACCAGAGGAUCACAACGCUUCGAGCCAGAAUACUUCAUACCAAUCAAUACGACGAUGUACAAUUACUUUAUUGCUUUUAGGGACGCAAUAUACCUUGAUCUUGGUCGCUACGACCAAGAUACGAACAUCUUUCUAAGUAACGAUGCGUUCAAGGCCCGCAUCAUAUCAGAUCCCUUUCUGGGAACAAUAGCUGGCAAUAUCAUCAACGUAACUCGCCCUCACCCAUAUACCCAACCUUACUCUGCGAGAGAAUUUUGGAAUACCUGUACUUGGGGCUGGGGAUGCCUAAACGGAACCUGGACCGAUGCGCUUUUGAGUAACAAUUCGGCUGCAUCGAAUGUCACUAAUGGACUCCCUCUUACUUCACUUCAAAGUCAGUACUCGACUAUAAUUGAUCUCAAGUUCGUUUGCCCUGUUUUCAAAAGAAAGCAAACAGGAGCUUUACUGGUGUCUGUCUUUAUUGGCACAUUUUCAAUAAGGAAACGUGGAUACAGGGAGGUUCUUUACGAUACUGAAGACUAUGAAUCCAUUCAUUAUAAUCGCUCAGCAUGCCAUCCUGUUUCCCGUCCGACGUCUCCUUAUGCCACAGUGUUGGAUCUACCUUCUUUGGCCUACAACCAUCCAGAGCCGAUCAAAAGGUACGAUCCAGUACCAGAUCACAUCUUUAUACGCGCACCAAGGAAGGAGGAUGAAUUACCUCAAGGGGCAUGCACUCUAGGUGCUCCGAGUGUGUAUACACCGAAACUCGGUUUUAACACUCUUGCUGCAACUGCUCGUAGCAGCCAAUUUUCCCUGAACCCAACGGCAUCUCGGGACACUUUAAAUUUAAAUGCUGCAAGGGCUAUAUGGGACUAUCGCGAACCAGACCCCCCAGUACACUCUCCUCCUGGAGCCACUGCUCAAGAUGCCCGGAUUUUCCCACCGGCUCAGUUGCCUCGAAAGCCUCACCAGGCAGAAGAUGCAUAG